AAAUAAAAUAUAUUUUUUUUGAAAAAAAAAAAAAAACUUUUAUAAUUGAAUGAUGGCAAAACCAGUGUUGGCUCAUCUUUUAAUGAGUUAGUUUGCCCUAUAGAGUUUAGUUCUCUCAUGCUUUUUGCUAUUAAAUGGGUAUGUCAAUUUUAAAUAAUAUCUGCAACAUACUUCAUACAAGUAAACUGGAUUUACUUGCUCUAUGCAAAAAAAAAAAUUGUUUGGUCAGUCUUUUAUAAGAAGAAUGUAGAAUCUUACACAUAAAAUCUCUAUGACUGGCAAUUUUAUUUUAAUGGGCCUUUCUAUUGAAUGUUUAUUAAAUCAGUGAAAUGUCUAUAAAUUGCCAGCUACUGUGCAAAACAAUAUGAGUUGGAUAUUCUUUGUGUUGAUGUCAUAGUUUCUGUCAGUAAAUAGUAGCUCAUGUACAUAGUAUUAAAAAAAUGGAAAAUCUUGAUUCUCCUGUGGUUAGUGAUGGUGGCAGCCUGGCGGAGAGUAUAAGCAACCUAGAAAAAAGAAUAUCUGAUCAAAUUUUACUCGCCGUGAACUGUUUUGGGGACAGUGAAGCGGAAUCUAACAUUCCGUCACACGUGCAGGUCUGGAUAUCGAAGAUCUUGGAGGAUCGGUCGUUAGCGGAGAUGGGCGAUGAUCUCUCCGACAUGGGACAGGACGAGGAUAGAGGCGCGGGGGUGGAGGUGGUGGACUCGUCCGUCAGGAAAGCCUUUCUGGGGGGCUACGUGCACAGGGGCACCGGGGCGGAGUACCACGACGCCUGCUCCCAGACCCAGCCGCCCGACCCGGGGCCCGGGACCACCACUCACCGCACCACCCAGACGUACACGUGGCGCGACCAGGGGCAGAACACCCUCUCCACGCGGUCCAUGCAGACGCUCAGGAGCGACCUGCACUCUCCCUGGGCGGGCGACCGGCUGGUCUCGCCCCAGCCGUACACCACCGCCGACGAGGCGGAGCGCAAGAUGACCCGGCUUUUGACGGAGAAGGCGACCGUGAUACAGAAGUACUUCAGGGGGUGGCUGGGCCGCAGAUACCUGGACCAGUUGAGGGAGAAGAAGAGGAGACGAGAGGAGUUGGAGAGGCGUGAGCUGCAGCUGAAGCAGAGGGAGCGGGAGCUGGUGUUGAAGAGAAACGUCAUUGCCGUGACGUAUCCGAAGAACAAGCAAGAUUUUGAAAUGCUGUAUGCAAUUUUAGAAAAAUGGAGGCAGGAUCAGGUCGCUCGCGCGGAGCAGAUGGCGACCGGCGCCGGCAGGAAGGCCAUGCUCUGGUUCCUCCUGAAGAAGCAGCUGCAGCUGAUGUCACGAAUAGAGCAGCUGUGGCGGCAGGCGGUGGCGGAGGAGGCCCGGAAGCCACGCCUGCUGGAUGCCACCACGGAGGUGCGGCGGUGGACGGGCUACAAGCGGCUGGCGGUGUCCAUGGAGACCCUGGAGGUGCAGCAGGCGUGGCAACUGCGCGAGCUGCACCGGGCGCUGGGCGAGGAUCUGGCCUCGGGGGAGCGUGCCGAGCUGCUGGUGUGCCUGAGGCAGGCCUUCUCGCACCUCGGCGGGGGCAGCGCCCGGGAGCUGGUGCGGCUGCUGGACCGGGAGUGCCACUUCCUGGCGAUGGGGCUGGGGGCCCCGCGACUGGCCGGCCUGCGCGCCCGCAUCGAGCAGGUGUUCCUCGACGUGGUCCGGGACCCGCGCGUCAACCCGCAGGUGGCGACACUGCGGGCCGCUGAGCAAGGCCGGGUCCCGCAGCGUGACGUGGUGCGCUGCGACCGCUGCCUCAAGUUCAAGCACUACUCCAAGUUCCCCCUCGGCAACCUCACGAAGAUGGUCAGUUGCUGCAGUGCCUGUCAGUGGCUGGAAGUGGCAGGGCGAACCAGGGUGGAUCUGGGGCCGUACCGUAACAUCGCCCGUGCUGUGAGGCGCGACGAGCAGAGACAGGCAGCUUACUGCUCCGUGGCCUUCGUCAUGAGCGACGACGACUUCUACCUGCUGGUGGACAACAUCUGGCAGGGACAUUCUGCCAUCAGCAGUUCUGGAGACUUGAAGCUGCUGAGGUUGUGUCGCUGGGACACAGAGAGCCUUUGGUCUCCAUGGAACUGUAUCCUUCUAACAGCAGAUGAAGCAAAGGCACACUGCAGUAGUAACUCUUCUCCUGGCGAAAUAUACGAGGAUAACUUCAAAGAAAAGGUUAUACACAGGCAUGCCAUAGCCAAGCUCCAAUUUAAACAUCUUGCUAGACAUGAUCAAGCUUGUCUGGAUACUCAAGAAACUGUCGGAAUUGACUGAAUUCCUGUGAACAUUCAUGUGUUACAAUAAUCAACUGUAAACAAUAAAUACAUACAGUAUGCACUUUUGCCAAAUAUUACAGAUUCUUCGUAAUUAACACAGAUUUAGACAUCUAGUUACAAUAUACUGAUGUUUACUGUGGAAACAGAGUAAGUAUUGUGGGUCUGUCGAUCAGCAUUGUGUAUGAUAAAUCUCGUGCAUUUAACUGGUUAACUAUUGGCUGCAUAUUUAACACAAUAAAUUUGGUUCAAUCCAGUUCAGAAUACUGAGUGUGCUAUAGA